AUGGCCGAUGAAGGAGAAACAAAUCUUCUUCUUUACAGAAUAUCUAACGAAAUGAGGGCUUACGACCUUCAAAAUUUAAAGCAUUUAUGCCAUGGACAAAUACCCCUCGGGGAACUUGAAAAAGCUCAAACUUCGAACGACUUAUUUCGACUUAUGUCACAUAAGCGGCUGAUUAAACCAGGGAAUCUGAGCGCCUUAGUGAAAAUGCUGACUAGGAUUGGAAGAGCUGAUUUAGCUGCGAAAAUCAACACGAGUGGAGAUGCUACUAUGCAAACCGAGAGUGCGAUGGCGCCUGUUGUAACAAGUGGUCCAAUGCAAGGGAGUUACAAGGUUUUCUUGAUGAAGCUUUCUGAUGAAUUGACGAAGGACAACGUCGAAUCGCUGAAAUUUGUAGCUAAUCUACCGGGUAUGUAUCUUCAAACAGGGCGUGCUUGCUUAUAGAAAGCUCUCUAUCCAACGACCAAGAAAAAAUAGUGAUUUGAAUAGCCUGAAAAUAUGAUCGUUCAGACUGUUCACUUGUACAUGGAGUUGCAUUAACUGAUAGCGAAACAGAUCUGUUGGUCACUCCAUUGAAAAUAGGAGUCAUUCUAACCCCAGCAUGUUUAGUCGCUAAAAUGGAUAAUCGAUAGUUUUCAGUAAAAAAUCUAUUACAAUCAAUUGAUCAAUUCUCAAUUGAUUGUAUUGGAAAUCAGUAAAAGUCGACAUAAGGGUCUGAUUUCAGUAAUUGAUAGUUAUCGAUUUUGUCGAAAAAUAUUGGUUUUAUCGACAUAUAACAUCAAAAAAAAUAUUUAACAGAAUGCAAAAGCAACACGAAACAACUUCCUUCGACCAUUUGUCUAAAUCAAAGGGUACCUAUGGCUAUCUCAUGGGUUAAUUAUUUUAGAAAUGAUAGCUGAUAAUGAUCUUGCAAUAACUACCCAGGGGCGUAGCGUGAGAUUUUGAAGACGUACGCACUGGAAGAAAAGUUAGAGCGUCAAAGGCGCUCCAAACAAAAGGGGGCCUGGAGUUAUACUCUCCUUUUUAAUUUUACAAUCUGGGAAAUGCCAUUUCCUGCAUUAAUUGCAGGACAUUUUAGAGAAAUAAAUACAAAGGAAAAUGUUGUGACGGGGCAGGGCAUACUUUUCUCGUGUUUCACUCCGCUACAACGUUUCUUGCCGUUUGUUUUUGGAAUAACAAAAGGAUAAAGGAGACACUAGCACAAAGACACCAAUAUAAUUCGAAAAAGUCUUCCCGAUUAAAUGAUAAAAUGCGUCUCGAUUUCAGCUGUACGGACGUACGUAUGUGCGUAUAUGGACGCUACGCUCCUGCUACUGGUAUAAUUUAAGUGUGUCAAAAAAGGAAAAAUGUGUCUAAAAAACUAAACCAAGAAAACAAAAACAAAACGACCAAAAAAAAGACAAAAGUUUCUUCUGGCUGGAGUCGAACCCCAGACCAUUUAAGUGUAAGGUCAUCAUCACAUCAUCUAUUGUGCUACUACACCAAGCAUUGAUCAGUGAUGUUGAAUUAACAAUGUUGAACGUUUUUGCCCAUGAAAUUCUGCCAGUGGACACUGUGUGAAGCUGGUAGGCUUUAUUUGUGAAGAAUUGAAAGAUGUAUUCAAGGAAAAUAAACAGGGUUUUGACGGUAAAAGCCAUACUUAAACUCAUUUCAUUGAAAAACAUAUGGCCGACAAAGUGAUAUUAAAUGCAUCGCAAAACUGUUGCAAAGUCUAUAGGGUACUAAAGUGAUGAUGUCAUGAAAAUGAAAUUUCUGAAAUUAUGGGAUUUGUCGGGAUAUUCUGAAAGAACAAUGUCCAAGAGGCUUACUUACCAAAAAUGAGCAUUUUGGGGCAAAUUGUCUCCGAGAUGUUAGCUGGUUAAACUCAGAAAACUCCAUACAAACCCUUCUAAUUUUUUGGGGGUCAACCCAAAAAAAUUUAGAAGGGUUUGUAUGGAGUUUUCUGAGUGCCCCGAAAUGCUCAUUUUUGGCAAGUAGGCCUCUUGGACAUUGUUCAUUCAGAAUAUCCUGACAAAUCCCAUGAUUUUAGAAAUUUCAUUUUUAUGACGUCACACUUCAGUACUCUAUUGCUGAUGCUGUUGUACAGCUUGCAAUUCUCUGCAUUUACGUACAUGAGUAGAAUCAAUUAUGAUUCAGCAACAGUAGACAUUUCGGUUUUCAUUCAACAAAGAAAGAUUUCACUUCAGAAUGAUAAUUCCCUAAAAACCAUGAGAUUGGGAGUCUUGUUGUGAGAAGAAAUAAAAAAAAUUGUGCCACUCACGGUAGAAUCAUGAACUUGGAGUUGAGGAGCAAUUGCUGAUCUCUUCAUCAUGUUUAUCGCCUGGACGAGUAAAAAAGCUUCAAGACUUCAUGAAAUUCUGUCUUCAAGUUAGCCAUAACGCUAAUUUAAAACAUUCGAAGUCCACAUGAAGACAACUUACCAUCCUAUGAAAGUUACAAAAGCAUAACAUCGAAAGCUCUGGGCACAAUACAUGCUCAGCACUUCUUUAUUGUGGGGACGUUCAAGAACGAUUGAUUAACGACAAUUGUUGUUUUGAUAUCGGGAAUUCUCGUGUGAGCUGACUAAUUAAGAAAGUGUCUACACCCGAGUGACAAAUUUGCAUAUCGCAGUGCCCUCUAUAACUCGUUUCUUACGCUAUGCCUUUUCCACGAGUUAAAAAAAACUGUUUUAUUUUAUAGUAUUGUUUAAAAAUUUUAAUAAUGAUAAAUCAAUGUAGAGAUUUACUUAAGUAAUUAAAUACAGUGAAACCUCUAUUAAGCAGACACCUUCAGGACCUUCCCAAGUGUCCACUUGAUCUAGGUUGUCCGCUUAAUAGAGGUUUGUAAAAAUUGCGCAAUGUUUGUUAACAAUUUAUAUUCAACAAUUACUCGGUGCUGUGAUAAAGUUCCAUUUUGUUAAGGAAGCUAUCCAGAGUCCAAGUUCAUUACCUUUCUUUACCAACUUUAAUUUGUUUGUAAAUGCAAGAACAUUAAAUGAUCACAUUCCGUAUUUCAAGGAUGUAAUCCAAUACUACUAUUGUAAAAUCAGUCCGGUGUCUGCUUAAUAGAGGUUUUUAACAAUAGAAAUUAGUCAAAUGUGAUUUAUUUUAGUGUCCGCGUCUGCUUAACAGAGGUGUCCGCUCAAUAGGGGUUCGUUAUAAAGGGAAACAUAAGAAGCUAAUUUUGGGACCCAGCUUAGUGUCCGCUUAAUAGACAGGGCUUCUGAUAGGUCGCGGAAAAAGAGUCAAAUUUUGCGGGAUUUUUAGGGAGAAAAUCACGGAAAAAUCGGCCGAUUUCGCGGGAAUUUUCGGGGCAAACUUGGCCGGAAAGCAAUCGGUAAAAAAACAGCGGUUUUUGUGGUUAUUUUCAAGGCAAAUUUCACCAGAAAUCGAUUGCUUUUGCGCUGAUCAGACAGCGUUUUUAAUGUUUUUCUAAUAGAGGUCAUCAUUUGCUCUUUCAACAACAAUACGCUUCAGAAAUGAAGCAAAGGGUUUAACAUCAUGGCUAGUGCCCAGUUUUUGGCAACAUAAUCUACACCUGGUUGUUUCGGAACAUUGUUUGCACAUUUCAUUGACGAAGUUUUGACAUAAAUUUGCAAGUUUACGGCAACAAAAUACCCUUAGUGGCUGAGGCAAGUUUCAAAAUUGCUUUACAGACAGGUAUUUGAUAAGAUUUCUACCAAAUUUCGCGGUAUUUUUUAUUUUUGUGAAUUUUGCGGGAUUUCAUGGAUUUACCUGAAUUUUGCAGCUCCGUGACCGCGCAAAAUAUCAGAAGCCCUGAAUAGAGGGUGUCCGCUGAAUUGGGGGUCUGCUUAAUAGAGGUUUCACUGUACUGAGGUCUUGCAAACAUGGACACUGAACUUAAUCCACUUUCAAGUACGUUGGUUGAACUCUCUAGGUUUCAAUGUUCUGAGCGGUGCUUUAUGUCAGUCUAUUCUAAAACUAUUGUUAAAUCUGAUAAAACUGAUAGAAUCGAUAAACUUAGAACUUCAAGGCAUGUAAGUAUCAAUAUAUUUCUUUUGAUUGAUCAAUAACAUUGAUGCCAAUUGAUCGAUAGUUAUCGAUUUACUGAUUGGUUUUCCGAUAUUAGCUUUUAUCAAUUGAACAUGCAGGGUCUGUUUAAUUAAACGUGAAAAAAUUAUUAUGUUCAAUUCCUAUGACAGGAAUGACCUCAUUCUCUUCCAAGAACAGUUAUACAUAAUGGCUAAAGUAUUUUUCAAAUUGAAACAAACAGUGAGCGAAGCUCGUGUCAACUCACAAGUAUUGGUGCUUACGAAGACUUCAGCAAUAAUAAUAAUAAUAAUAAUAAUAAUAAUAGUAAUAAUAAGGUGAAAAAUAGCAUUUAAAUAUAAUCUAAUGCACAAUCUUGGCUUAGUUGUUACUGUAAUUACCAAAACAUUUAGUAAAAUGAUAGUCAAUGGUUCUCCUACUUGGUUAUUUACACUGUUUAUGUUUUACUGCAACAUAAACACUGUUUAUUUUUUUUUUGUUCUAGUACUAUUUAUUUAGCUUUAAAAAAUGGUUUCAAUCUAGUUUGAAUUCUGGCCCGGGAGCAAGCUAAGCUCUUCCAUUCUUCAAACCACCCUAAUUAUUUAUCUUGAAUAAUUAGGGCUGGAAGUCAAAGGAAAUUGAUGACAUUAUUCAUAAUCUUGGGUAAUUGGAUGUAGGAGGCAAAGGAAACUGAGAAUCAAACUAGGCUGAAACCACCUGACUUCAAAUUUCAUUUUAAACUACAACAUGUAUUUAAUUUUUUGCAGAUGGAGUUGAUGAAAAAGUUCAGAAUGGAAAAGAUCUGUUUAAACAUUUGAUUCAAGUUGGAACUCUUGGAUCAAACAAUCUGAACCAUCUGGCAGAUAUGCUCCAGGAAAUUCAUCGCAGAGAUUUAGCAGAGAAAGUCAGAAAAUUUCAAGCAGAUGGUAAAUUACCAAUAUUUAAAUACAUGAAAAAACAUCUAUUUAAUAGAUUUUGAACAUUGACCCAUUUGUCCCUGGAGAUUUUCUCAACUCUGUUUUACAUACAUACAUACAUACAUACCUACAUACGUCAUUCAUACAUACUUUAUUUUUACCUUGCCAAAGGGGCUUUUCAGGAACAAUGAUUAUGUUACAUUAUUUAUAAUAACUAAUUACAACACUUAAUCUAAUACUAAUUACAAGGUUAGCUAAUUACUAAUUACAAUGUUUUAAAUUUAACUAAGAAGUACAGCAAGUAUUUAUUUGGUCAGUAUCUGGCUUAAAGAGCAAAAAACAACAAAAAUGUUGUUUACAAGUUUACGAACACUACAUUGGCUUUUGUUGCUGAUGCCAAAGUUUAACAUUCCAAGUUUAGGCAUGCACAGAGGGCAAAAUAACUAUUGAAGGUAGCUUUGAAGAAAAAGAGGACACUGCCCAUUUGCACCUACCCUAUGAUCUUGUUGAUUUGAUGACUUUGUUUUAUUCUGUUAGAUCUUUGAUAUAUGGAAAUUAUUAUUUUUUGUUUCUUUAUGAAUUUAGGGGGUGUAACUAGUGCAAGUGGUAUCACGCAACCCCCUGUAAUGAACAGACCAGUACAAUCACAGCUUCCCAGAUCCAGAUCAGUAACGGGAAAGCAGCCAGUUACGCAUGAGUCUGGAGCACCAAAUAUUCCUUUGCUAUCUCCAGCUGCAUUUACCAAACCUCGACCUGAAAAUUCUGAGCCACGCUUCCCUGUCCAAGCAAUGCCAAAUCAAGCAGAUCUAGUUGAGCAAUUGCAGGGGUUUGGAGUCGACGAGGUGGAGGCAAUGCCUUCCUAUCCCAUGACACAGCGUCCACGUGGAAUUGCUCUGAUCAUAAGCAAUGAGCACUUUGUGGAGAAUCCAUACUUGCGGGACAGGCAAGGAAAUGAGCAAGAUGUUCAGCACCUUCAAGAGCUCUGGCAGUUUUUAAAUUUUGAAGUGAUUUUACAACGGGAUCUUGAGUCACAAGAGGUGUACAAUGUUCUGAGAGAAAUUUCAGCCAAAGAUCACAGUCAAUAUGACUGUUUUGUUUGUUGCCUUCUCAGUCAUGGCGAAAAUGGUGGAAUUUUUGGUACAGACUGUGAGCUUGUCGAAAUUCAAGAUAUAACGGCCCUUUUUAAGGGAGUCGCAUGCCCUUCCCUUGCCAGUAAACCCAAGCUGUUCUUUAUCCAAGCUUGCAGAGGCAGGAAUUUUGAUAAAGGGGCACAGUUACAGGCUGAUGCAGCAGAAAUAAGCUCUGAGGAGGCAAUGCGGCAUAAUGCUGAACCCAAUGAAAGUCACUUCCUCCUUGGCUAUGCCACACCUCCAGGUAUUUUGUUUAGAAUUUUAUUACUCUGACAAGAACUAAAAGAAUCAUUGAAUGCCAAAUAAGUUUUCAAAAUGCUUGUUUUGUUUGUGUGUGUGUGUGUGUGACCAAUCAUAUUUGAGAAACGAAAAAAACUGAAAAGAAUUUUUCUGCAAAUAGAUUGCACAGUGUACACUGGUCUAAACAACUGCUCUAAAAAGGUAUAAUGCACCUCAUUCCAAAUUGGUGACAAAACUACUCUCUUACUUUACUGCAAGGAUCAAAUCCACUUUUAUAAUACAGUCAAACCUGUAUGAAGCAGUCUCUUUUUUGGAAUGGCUUACUGACCGCUUAAUCGAGGUUGACUGUGAAAGGUUUGAACCCAGGAGUCAUUUCAAAAGUAGGUUGAGUUUGAUCGCCCGGGUGAACAUAGUCCUGAAUAGGACUGUUGUUGUCGACAGUGACUGACAUUUCGACAACCUGUGUGGUAGUCAUCUUCAGAGUCAAAGUGGGUUGUAUCACGUCAGUUGAUCAUUGGUAUUAUACUCUGGUUGUUGAUCUGAUUGGUUGACUAUUUAAAGAGCAAAAUAUCUGUCCCACGACAAAUUGACCCCUACCUGUUUCUACCUCUUCUUGGGCGAAAAGAAAAAGGUUAAAGACCACUUGACACACAGGCAGCCCAAACUCAUUACAUGAACGCGGACGUGACUCUUGCUUGCGAGCGGUGUUGUGUUACAAACGGUUAUUUACAAAGGCUUCUAUGGGAUCGAUCGGUUUUUCUUUCGACUUACCUUAUUGCCUUGUUUGUAUUCUUUGUUGUUUGCCCGCGUCUCCAGCCGUUUUGAAGCGUUUUCGGCGAGUUAGCGCUAUUUUGGUGUCCCAACCCAUACAAGCCUUUAUAAAUAACCGUUUGUAACACAACACCGCUCGCAAGCAAGAGUCACGUCCGCGUUCAUGUAAUGAGUUUGGGCGGCCUGUGCUUGACAUCAUACGCAGUGUGACCUGUUGCACUAGCAUGGUACGUUCUCUCAAAGUGACUGUUUAAUAGAGAUGAAGACAAUAAAAAAUAAGUCGUUGGGACCUCGGAAAAGGUGACUGUGACUACCAAAUAAAGGUGACUGCUUAAUACAGGUCAGUUUUACAGUAAUUAAGGGAAAUGAUUUCCAGGACUUUGGUAAGUGACCACUUAAAAGAGGGUGACUGCUUCAUAGAGGUCUGACUGUACUACUUUCUUUUUAUAUUAAUUUAUGAUGGACCCUAGCCUGCAAAUACAGUUGUUUCUCCUUUCUCCUCACUGCUCGCGACAUUCCGCGGUAGAGAGGUCUGCUAAUUCAGCCCCAAAAACGCCAUACUGAUAACGUAGAUUUCUCAGGAAUCUGGUCAAAGAGUGCUGAUUAGUCGACAGUAAUUGUAUUCUUUUAGCUAUUGUUUAUGAAGGACAAGCAAAAGACAAAAGGUCAAAUGUAAAUGCCAUGAACUACUGAAAAACAGUCAUAACUGAAAAAGUCACUUGAAGUGAUCACUGCAUUCAGGGCCAAUUAUCAUGAAGACAAAACAAUAAAAUUGGCCAUUUUGGAAUAAGGUGUAUAUACUGCCAUACUAUGAAUAGUGUUGCAGCCAUAAACAUCAUUACCUGUAUACACUUUUACAGUCAUGGAGAGAAACACUGGAAAGUUGAUUUUUAUGUCUCAUCUCAGGUUAUGUCAGCUGGCGAAGCCAAGUUCAUGGCUCCUGGUAUAUUUCUAAGCUAUGUGAAGUUUUCAGAAAGUACUGCGAGAGAUAUGACGUGACAUCCAUGAUGGUAAAAGUUAACGAUGAGGUGUCUGAGGCCUAUACAAGAGCUGGAUAUAAGCAGUGCCCAGCCCCAGUUGUUACACUAAGACGACGCAUCUACUUUAAUAAUAACUGAAGGACAUACUCAGUGGGUAAAAGUGCUGUUCCUAUAAACUAGCCAGAAUUUCUUAGAAGUUAGAACUCAAGCUGUGAGCAUGAGCGUCACUUGUACUGUGAAACGUAGAAAACUGUGAACACUUUAUUACUAUUUGUGAGAUGUUAUGGUGUUGACAGGUAAAUGUCAAUUAUUAGCUUGUGUGAAGAUGUCUCCAUUUCCUUUGUUUCACAAGGAAAAGGAACAUCUGCGCAAUGCUGUCUCUUUUCCAUAUGCAGCAAAGACAACAGGGAAUUCUGUGCGGAGGCUAGCCAAUUGUAGGCAUGAGAAAACUAAGCCUAUGUUCACAUUGUACCGAAUAACUUUUACAUUGGCACGAAAACCAUACCGGAUAGGUCUUCCAUUCAUACAUAAGAAUUAUUUAAUUUGGCCUGAUUUCUGUAACAGAGUGAAGCUGUGUCUUGCCAAUUUCUUAGGGUCUGUUAACAUAGAGGUGGGGGACCCCAGGUAGGUCAGGUAACCUUCCUGUCCAUAUGAUCUCUCAUAGUAAUUUGAUCACUUUUACAUGAUAAGUGGGGUGACCUGCUGCAGGUUACCUCACAUACCUGGGGUCUCCCACCUCCAUGUAAGCAGGCCCUAAAGCAGAGAGUCACUUAUUGAAAAGGUGUUCAUACUUUACCAGAGAGCUUUUUGGGUCGGCAGCAAAAAGCUGUCUGGUAUGGUGUGAAUACAGCCUAAACUCAUACAGAUGUAUUGUGGCUUGCUUGUGUGUCCUGAUCUUUGUUAUGAUUGCUAACACAUCACAAUAAACUUUGCUGAAAAAUUUAUAUUCAAUUGAAGGACUAGAAUUUAAGUAGAAAAUAGGCAGAAAGUUAGAAUACAGAGUAACUGAAUUAAAGGACAAUUGUCAUUAAUAGGAAUAUUUGUAAACAUGAUUUUCUUUGGAGUCAACAGGGGUAAGAGUUAUUGCAACAUUUGUAGCCUGUGAGAAAGAUCUCUGGAGGGGCUGUUAGCAUGGGUAGCAGGUCCUUGGAAGUAAUGGGUGC